AUGCGUUCCCUCUCGCUUAUCGGCCUCCCCUCCUCGCUCCUGUUUCUCAUAGCAGCCCACGUCAACGCAGAGCACCCGAUGGCCAUCCGCAAGAUGUCACCCAACGCCGGCGAGAAGCUCCUGCCCCACGACCUCGCCUUCUCCGACGAUACCUUCACCACCCCGCUGUCGCCCAGCGAAGAACUCCUCGCCGCCCGCAUGGUGGACGACCCGUUCCUCUACAACGCCUCGUUCCCCUACCGCCCGCCCUUUGCGGAGCACCUCAAGAGCGCCAACCAGGGCUGGGAACACCUGCGACGCGCCGCCGAGGUUCUUCAUAUCCUCGAAAGCAGACAGUCUUGCCCCACAAACAUGAAUAGCUGCGAGAACAUUGGCUCGCCAAACAAGUGCUGCAUGAGCAAUGAGGCGUGUGUGAGGGUUCAGGAUGAACGGGUUGGGAACGUGGCCUGCUGUCCGAAGGGUGCUUCUUGCAGCGGAGCCGUUGGCGCAUGCCCUAGCGGCACGACGAGCUGCGAUGCGGAGCUCAGUGGUGGAUGUUGCAUCCCGGGCUAUGUCUGCCAGGGUGUUGGCUGUGUGCCCAGACCUCCACCGGCGCCGAGUACUGCGCCCACCCAAACCGCCACUAACGGAGGAGGCGGCGGCGGCGGCAGUGGUGGGUCAGGCGGUACGACAGUCCGGGAGACCGUCACUACCACCACCGUCUCCACGACGACACUAGCAGACGGCCGAACGACGACCGUUCUUGUUACGAUCAUAGUCACAGUGAAUCCUGGCACCGCCACCACGAGAAGAUCCACGACCACCACCGAACCCCCCGUUGAGACCCCGACGACAGCUUCGGACAUCCCCCCGACCUCGAGUGCUUCGGACGCCGUGCCCCCUUUCCGACCCACAUCCGCCAACUCGGGUGAGGGCGACAUCCCGCCCAUCACGUCGGCAUACUGUCCAACCGGCUUUUACGCCUGUCUCGCGCGCGCCGGUGGCGGUUGCUGCCAGACCGGCCGUGAUUGCGCCACUACGUCGUGCCCGCCCACGCCCUCGACCACCAUCGUCAGCAACGGCGUCACUGUCGUCGUACCUGUCAGCGACGUGCCAGAGCCGCAGGCGACCGAGACGUGCGCCAGCGGCUGGUUUUUGUGUGGUGAGGAUGGCGGCCCCAUCCCCGGCUGCUGUCCGAGUGGGUACCAGUGCGGAACCGCGAGUUGUUCUAGUGUCUCACCCAGCGAGACGGGCGAAAUUCAAAAGCAUUUCCCGAAUGGGGGAUCGAAAGCCGCGUCAUCCCUGGCCCUUGCGGUCGUAUCAUUCGUGUUUGCGUUGCUUUAA